UUAGUCCCCCCACCAAGCAGAAGCACAUUCACAUAUGCCUCUGCACGCGUAGAGCCGCCUCAUCCGUCUCGACAGAGCGGUCAGCUUCUGAGAGGACCAGCUAUAGUCAGCCUGCCCGCGGCAUAGAGGCAGCAGAGGGGGGACACAAAGCAGAAGGGAGGGAAGAGGAAGAAAAAGGGUGAAAAAAGCCAAAGGAGGAUGAGAGCGUGAAAGGGAAGGAUGCUUUGAAUGCUGGCUCUCUUUCAUCAAGCAAGAGGAAAACGGACUGGAGAGAGGGAGGGGGACGCAACCCACAGCGGGGACAAAAGCGGGAAUUCUGGAAUGAAUGGGAGUCCUGCUUGCACUGGGAAUAGCGGUCCACGCCGAAGUCGCUGAAAAGCACGACCAACUCUCCCUCUCCCUCGGGAUUUCAGAUGUCGCCUCUUGGCUCGGCUUUGGCGACAUUUGACCACCGUCGAGCGAGCACUUCUCUGCUCUGCAGGCGGCACCAAUUAAGGCGGGCUUGAGCCGGGCAGGUUGUGACAGAAUCGAGGCGAAGAGGAAAGGGACGACGUCGCGGCGAAGAGGAGGAGGCGGGGCCUGCGGGUGCAUAUGUGGACAGGAAGUGGCCUUUCAGCGUGAAGGCAGAAAAGGAGGAAAACGUGAUGGAGACUGUCGCUGCUACAUAACUCACCCAACAUCCCUGCUGUGCAUCACCAGUGAUGCCAUGAUCCAGUUCUGACUGUGGGUAAUGCCGAGCCAAAUCACCAAUCCUGGAGAUGCCGAAGAGAAGAGAUAUUCUUGCCAUCGUGUUGAUCGUGUUACCCUGGACGUUGCUCAUCACAGUUUGGCACCAAAGCGCUAUCGCUCCGCUCCUCGCCAUCCGCAAGGCCUGUCACCACCUAGUAAAAGAGAUCUUUAUCAUUCCAGAGAGGCUUGCAGUCCGCCACCACCGACUCUCAGAUGACGGCGUGGAGGGCAAGAGGGAGGCCGGAGGCCAGGCGGGAGACUCGAAGGAAUACUGCGCCUCAGAUAAGGACAUUGUGGAGGUGGUGAGGACCGAGUAUGUCUACACCCGGCCUCCGCCUUGGUCGGACGUGCUGCCCACCAUCCACGUCAUCACGCCCACGUACAGCCGACCCGUGCAGAAGGCCGAGCUGACCCGGCUGGCGAAUACCUUCCUCCACAUUCCCAACCUGCACUGGAUCCUGGUGGAGGACUCCCAGAGGAGGACGCCGCUGGUGACGAGACUCCUCAGAGAAACGGGGCUCAACUACACCCACCUCAAUGUGGAGACGCCCCGGAACUAUAAGCUGCGGGGGGACACUCGGGACCCCAGGAUCCCCCGGGGGACCAUGCAGAGGAAUCUGGCGCUGCGGUGGCUGAGGGAGACGUUCAACGCCAACAGCAGCCAAGCCGGGAUUGUCUACUUUGCGGACGACGACAACACUUACAGCCUGGAGCUGUUUGACGAGAUGAGAUCAACUCAGAAAGUUUCCGUGUGGCCCGUGGCCUUUGUGGGCGGCCUGCGCUACGAGUCGCCUAAGGUCAACGCGGCCGGGAAGGUGUACGGUUGGAAGACGGUGUUUGACCCCCACCGGCCCUUCGCCAUCGACAUGGCCGGCUUCGCCAUUAACCUGAGGCUCAUCCUCUUCAAGCCUCAGGCGUACUUCAAGCUCCGCGGGGUGAAGGGAGGUUACCAGGAGAGCAGUCUGCUGCGGGAACUUGUCACACUCAGCGACCUGGAACCCAAAGCGGCCAAUUGCACUAAGAUACUCGUCUGGCACACAAGAACAGAGAAACCCGUCCUCGUAAACGAAGGGAAAAAGGGAUUCACAGACCUCAAUGUGGAAAUAUGACAGUUAUUUUUUCCUCCCAGAUCAUGGUGGUUGUUUAUGGACACAAAACAGUUGCUGGCAAGUUUUUGAAAAACAAUCUAACCCUCUUCGUCACUUGAAGGUGACAUUUUUUUUAAUUUUUUUUUUGUGAAGAAAAGACAAAGCACAGCUCGGCGAAUGGCGGCUUUUUUUUAUUUAUGAGCCCCGUGAAAGAAACGACGUCAAGGACGCCACGGUGACAACAACCUGACAGAAAGACAGCACAAUUCUAACACCUGUCACUAAAAAAAAAAAAAAAAAAAAAACCUGAAAUGGGAUUAUGAUGAAGAACAUUCUACAACCCGGACUACGAUCUCGUGGAUCUUACUCGGAUAAACACUGCAAGGGAAGGAAUGUCCUUUUGAUAACAAUGUAAUUUUAUUAGGGUUUUUUUUCGAUGUUGACGAUACUACUGAACACAUUUACUCCUGGGUUACCAUAAGUCAUGCAUUUCAAACGCAACUUGAAGAAUUGUACAUAAAACCCAUGAAAACGCGCACCUCUCACUUAGCACUUAAAACACACUGAUGGUAUUUCUUUGUGACAACAUGUGUACAUAGCUAUCAGGAAAUGUUGUGAAUACUUGUGAGUAUUUAUGUUGGACCGUGAGGACAAAUAACAGCACACAGUCGCUUUCAUUAACAUUGAAAAAAACAACACGAUAGUUGGCGUGAUGAAAGGUUUCCCCCUGUCUAUGCACAGCCACGUAUGAACACACGGAAAUAAUCUUCGACUUAAAAGUGUUACAAUAUUUAGUUCUGCGAGUACGGUACAGGUGGUCCUCGGGUUACUCAGACUCGACACAGAACACAUGAAGGACGUUCAGUAGGGAAGUGAUUCGUACGACCCCCAUUCCUGGGUGGAUCUCACGUGAGAUGAAUAAUAAUUUUGCAAUGCGGUCUGCUGGAAAUGAUGGAAAGCGCCACUCUACAUAGCAACGGGCGCUGUGGUCAAAGUUGGAAUUGCCACAAAACACAUUUUAAGAUAUUCAACUAAAGCGGGUUGUGCACCUCCCAAUCUGUCACGUUUCAUGUGUCAGGUAAUCCGUCCCUUUACUACUGUACACGUUGAGUCUGCUCUUGUCCAAGGUAGUAGAUGCCGUUUGAAGACGUCAGGUUCAAACACUGAUGACAUCUAUUAAACAGACGAGAAGCAAGGAAUCAUGCAGAGACAGAGUUAAAUUUGGCUCAAUUGAGGAGACACGUUUUUUGGGCUGUACUCUAGUUACAGAUCCAAACUACGUUCUAAAAGUCCAGCAAAUGUGCUUCCUCUAUUUGGAAGGUCCCUGAUAACAUCACUGAAGCUGUCGCUGAGGGAAGGGGGUAAUCUCAACAGCUCCAGUUAGACACAAUGAUUAUACAAAUAUGCAAAUGUGCUGACAGUGGUGAUAUCGCCCUGUCUCUGCUUUGUCUGCGUCACGGCCCUCGAUGUUCGGCCUUGGCAGUCAGCAGGCCAUUCCUGGACACAGACACUGAUACGAGACUGGCUUGCAAUCUUUUGGAUUGCCAGUUUUGCACAGACAAAGAAAAAUACAAUUUCAGCCCAAUUGAUAACUAUAGCAACGGCCCUUCAGCAUAAGAGUUGUGUGAUAAUAUAUACAUAAUUAUUCUAACGAAAAAACAAACAAACAACAAUGUAAGGUUAGGGAGGACGGGAGGCCACAAAUGUAACGGUAUUGCAAAGUCUUCACAAAAACUAAAACUUGUUGUGUAGUUUUUUUUCUAGCGCUUAAGCUAAAUUUCCCAGAAUCCUCUGAGCAGCGCCGGGCCGGUAAUGUGGGGGCGUGGAACGCCGUAAGCAGGAAGUGAAGUGUGUUCGUAGUAUAUGAGUGAAGUAUUUUUUUUCAAAAUCCAUCCAUAACCG